AUGGCAAGGGAAACAUCAAAUAUAAUGUUAGGAAAUGACUUCGAGGACGAGCUUGCAGAAAGUAUACGGUCAUACAAUAAGGAAACUGCAGAUAAACUGAGUUUGCAUAGGACUGAGAGUGUGAAGCCAGAGCCAGAAAUUACAGCUCCUCCUCACUCGCGGUUUUCCCGUUCAUUUAAGACAGUUUUAAUAGCUCAAUGCGCCUUUACUGGAUUUUUUUCGACCAUAGCAGGUGCCAUUUACUAUCCCGUUCUGAGUGUCAUCGAAAGAAAGUUUAACAUUGACGAACAAUUAGUCAACGUCACUGUUGUGGUGUACUUUGUAUUUCAGGGUCUUGCCCCCACGCUCAUGGGCGGCUUUGCGGAUUCUCUGGGUAGGAGGCCUGUUGUGCUUAUCGCAAUCAUUAUUUACUUUGGUGCCUGUGUCGGCCUUGCUUGUACUCAAACGUAUGCUCAAAUUAUUGUGCUACGGUGUUUACAAGCCGCCGGGAUCUCGCCUGUGAUUGCGAUCAAUAGCGGAAUUAUGGGUGAUAUUACUACAAGAGCGGAACGCGGCGGGUACGUUGGAUAUGCUGCUGGGUUUCAGGUGCUCGGUUCCGCAUUCGGAGCCCUUAUAGGUGCAGGAUUAUCAUCUAGAUGGGGAUGGAGGGCCAUUUUUUGGUUCUUGACAAUUGGGUCCGGCAUUUGUUUUCUGGCGUCUCUCCUAAUAUUGCCAGAAACAAAAAGAAAUAUUUCGGGAAAUGGCUCUGUGAUGCCAAAAUCACUCUUAAAUAGGGCGCCCAUUCUUGCAUUGUCAACAGUGAGGAGAUCUUUGCACUUAGAUAAUCCGGAUUACGAAACUUUGGAACAGCCCACGAAAUUGAAUUUAUUGGCGCCGUUCAAGAUUUUGAAAGCCUAUGAAAUUUGUAUACUCAUGUUGAUCGCUGGGUUGCAGUUUUCCAUGUAUACCACACAUCUUACAGCACUAUCCACUGCUUUAAGUAAGCAAUAUCACUUAAGCGUUGCAAAAGUGGGAUUAUGCUACCUUCCCUCCGGAAUUUGCACAUUGUGUAGUAUUGUCGUUGCAGGAAAGUAUCUGAACUGGAAUUAUAGAGCUAGACUGAAGAAAUAUCAAAGCUGGUUAGACAAGGAAAGAUUAAAGCUCUUAGAAGAGCAUGAUAACGAUCCGGGUGUGGUACAAAAUAUAAUGGAGAAUGACCCUCAAUAUACCUUUAAUAUCUUUAGGGCGAGACUACAACCUGCAUUCGUUACGUUGAUCUUGAGUAGUUGUGGAUUUUGCGCAUAUGGCUGGUGCAUUACCGCCAAAGCUCCGCUGGUGGCAGUUCUUUGUAUGAGUGGGUUUGCGUCGCUCUUCUCUAAUUGCAUUCUAACUUUCUCCACAACUCUUAUUGUUGAUCUGUUCCCGUCGAAGACAUCUACUGCCACAGGAUGUCUGAACCUAUUUCGAUGCAUCUUGUCUGCCAUUUUUAUUGCCGCAUUGAGUAAAAUGGUAGAAAAAAUGAAGUACGGAGGCGUUUUUACAUUUUUGGGGGCUUUAACAUCAUCAUCAUCGAUACUUUUAUUUAUUCUCUUGAGAAAAGGGAAAGAACUGGCUUUCAAGAGGAAGAAACAAGAAUCAGGGUCCAACAAAGAAGCAAAUCUUCUCGGAAGGAUGGAAAGCACAUCUUCUGAUUACCUCGCAGCCGAUGAAGAGGAACCGUAUAAUAUAUUCCCUCUAAAUAGCAGACGCCAAUAA